AUGUCCCGCAAAUACYUCAGCGGACAGAAGCCAACAACUCCGAAAAAUCCMGAAGACCGUUCAGAUUCGUCCAGCCGCAGCAACWACGUCUCGCCCGGCAUCGUUUAUCAGACGGAAAGUUAUGAUGCCGACGACGAAAAAUCAUCAGGUUCGUCGUUGCCCACACGGGAACCGCAUCCUCUGUUGCAGUCAUCUCCGCGGAAAAAGUUCCCUCUGAAGCGGAAAAAACCUGUGAAACCCGCCGUUGCAGAAGUCGAGGACAACGAUCAUCAGCUUUGCAAAGACUCAUCAGUGACACCCGUGCCGGACCACAACAAAUCUGAAAACCCAACAUUUUUACCAAUAUAUUUUGUUGGCAAAGAUGAAAAAGAAGCUCAAUUUAGAUGUUCUUUUUAUCCAGAAGUUAAACGAACAUUAGUCAAACAGCUUCAAAAUAUGCUGCAUACUGAAAAUAAGUAUAUUCGAGAAUUUAAAACCACGGUAGAGAAUGAAAGUCAACAUUCUACUAAUUUUAAGGCGGCGACUAACGCAAAUAGAAAACCUGCUAAUGGACACAAAGGCUGUAACUAUGCAACAACGGCUAAUGAAGUAGCUUUAGUGAUAGUUAAGCAGCAAUUUGAAAAAAGAGAUAUUAUCAUUCAAAGCCACGAUAAUCGACUGCAACGAAUAAGUGAAUUACACAGAUCCUCCAACGCACUUCAAUACCCUUUGAUGUUUUUUUAUGGAGAAGAUGGAUACUCGGUGUCAGUAGAUGUUUUACAGAAUAAUACUCAGAAGGAUGCAAUAAAAAAUUCUCCCUUAAUGAUAAAACUGUAUCAGCUUCUGACUUUUAUUCAUACAGAAUUAUGGUUAGAAAAGAACUAG